AUGGAACAGUUAAGUAUAUCUCAGUUUAAUCAAUCACAAAUGCGAAGAAAUCAGAACCAUCAACAGGUUCAUCAACAGCAACAUUUUCAAGAUGGAAGUAACAAGAGAGCAGGUAUACCACCGUCUCACCCGCACCAGAUCCCACCUAUUUCGCCCUACUCCCAGAUCCCGGUUUCACGGCCGAUAAUGCCUCCCCAUAACACUAGUCCUACACCUUCCCACACUCGAUCACUCUCUCAGCCGUCGUUUUUCUCUCUCGAUUCUCUUCCGCCUCUUAGUCCUUGUCCGUUUCGGGAUUCUUCGUCCACGUCGCUCUCGGAACAUGGUGACGUGUCGAUGGAAGAUCGUGACGUCAGCUUACCGCCGUUUGCUAGAAACCCUUCCUUGCCGCCUCGGAAGUCGCACCGGCGGUCUAACAGUGAUAUUCCGUUUGGGUUUUCUACUGUUUUGCAGUCUUCGCCGCCGUUGAUUCCUCUCAGAGGAAGAGAAAUUGCGAAACCUAAUCCGUUGGCGGUGAAAAGGGAAACUGGUUGGGAGAGAAAUGUUGAUAGUAAUAAUAAUAAUGUAGAGGAGAAGAAAUCGUUAUCCCCGGAAGGUGAAGUUGUGGAUGAUCUUUUCUCUGCUUAUAUGAAUUUGGAUAACAUUGAUGCAAUUAACUCGGCCGGGAAUGAUGACAAGAACGCGGCUGUUACUGAUAAUCGCGAUGAUUUGGAUAGUAGAGCGAGUGGAACGAAGACGAACGGUGGUGAUAGUAGUGAUAAUGAAGCAGAGAGUAGUGUUAAUGAGAGUGGGGAUAGUAUGCAGAGGAGGGAAGGGAUGAAGAGAAGUGCUGGAGGUGAUAUUGCGCCUACUACAAGACACUAUCGGAGCGUGUCGAUGGAUAGUUUCAUUGGAAAGUUGAAUUUCAAUGAUGAGUCUUCCAAGCUUCCGCCUUCGCCUGGUGGGUUGAUGUCUCCUGGUAAUUCGGGGGAUGGGAAUUCUGCGGCUUUUAGCUUGGAGUUUGGGAAUGGUGAGUUCAGUGGGCCUGAAUUGAAGAAAAUUAUGGCGAACGAAAAACUUGCUGAGAUUGCAAUGGCUGAUCCGAAGCGUGCUAAGAGGAUUUUGGCUAAUAGGCAAUCGGCUGCGCGUUCCAAAGAACGCAAGAUGCGAUACAUUUCAGAGCUAGAACACAAGGUUCAGACUCUGCAGACUGAAGCUACUACACUCUCUGCACAACUUACUCUGUUGCAGAGAGAUUCUGUUGGACUUACUAACCAGAAUAACGAGUUGAAGUUCCGACUUCAAUCCAUGGAACAACAGGCAAAACUCCGAGAUGCUCUAAAUGAGGCCCUCACUGCCGAGGUUCAAAGACUGAAGAUUGCUACAGCUGAGUUGAACGGGGAGUCGUCGCAUCCUUCUAACUGCAUGAUCCCGCAACAUUCUGUCAACCCUAUGAUGUUCCAACAACAGCAUCAGCCUUCUACAUCCCAACAAAACAUUCAUAUUCAACAGCAACAUCAGCAGCAACAACAACAGAAUGGUAAUGCCAACUCAAAAAACGACUUAAAGCAAUAA